UAUAUCUGUGUAUCUGCAGAGCUGUCUGCCCAGUGAACUUGUUUCCUGGCAUGCUGCUCUUCAUUACCUGCCCAGGGACAACAACUGCAUUAAUAAAAAAAUAGUGUCUUGAAAUGCAGAGGACAAGGCCAGAGCUUGUGAAGGAGGUGAUCUGGGAGAUUUUAAGUCCUGCUUCUUUGCCAUGGAUCAGUUAAGGCACACAUUGUUUUGUAUCCCAAGUAUUUGCAGCUGUGUAUUUAUUGAGGACAAGAUCAUUGACAAGGAGAUUAAUCCCUUUGUGGAUAAGUGGGAAGAAGAAGGACAGUUCCCAGCCCAUAAAGUUUUUAAAAUCCUGGGACAGGCUGGAUUCCUUGGUGUGGAUAAGCCAACAGAGUAUGGCGGCAUGGGUUUGGACUUCUCCUAUAAUAUUGCAGUGGCAGAAGAGCUGGGAAAUAUCCAUUGUGGAGGUAUUCCCAUGGCCAUUGGAGUGCAAACUGGCAUGGCUACCCCUGCUCUUGCAAGGUUUGGUUCUCAUGAGUUGAAAAAACAGUUCCUCGUACCAACUGUAGCUGGUGAUUUUGUGGCUUGCUUGGGAGUCAGUGAAGUUGGAGCUGGGUCAGAUGUCGCAAAUAUCAAGACAACGGCUGUGAGAAAGGGCGAUGAAUAUGUCAUAAAUGGUGGUAAGAUGUGGAUUACAUCCGGGAGCCAGGCAGACUGGAUGUGCCUCCUGGCAAACACCAGCGAAGGACCUCCCCAUCAAAAUAAAUCUCUCAUAUGUCUGCCAAUGAAUCUACCUGGCAUUCAUAUUGCUAAAAAGAUAGACAAACUGGGUAUGAGGUCAUCGGACACAGCUCAGAUCUUCUUUGAAGAUGUAAAGGUCCCCUGCAAGAACCUCAUCGGUGAGGAAGGAAAGGGUUUCAUGUACCAGAUGUUGCAAUUCCAAGAAGAGCGGCUGUGGGGAGUAGCCAGUGCCCUGACACCAAUGGAAAAAAUUAUACAAGAAACUAUAGACUACACACGGCAGCGGAAGGUGUUUGGCCAGCCUGUCCUGCACAACCAAACCGUGCACUUCCGCCUGGCCGAGCUGGCAACCGAAGUGGAGCUCCUGCGCUCGCUGCUGCACCGCGCCGUGGCUCUCUAUAUAGAAGGCAACGAUGUGACAAAAUUUGCUUCCAUGGCUAAGCUAAAGGCAGGUCGUCUGACCCGUGAAGUGACUGAUAGCUGUCUCCAGUUUUGGGGAGGAAUGGGAUUCACCAGUGAAGUUCUCGUGAGCAGGCUUUACAGGGACUUUAGAUUGAUGUCAAUAGGAGGUGGCACAGAUGAAACCAUGCUUUCCAUCAUAUGCAAAUACAUGGACAUACUUCCAAGAAAGUGACGCAUCUGCACUCUUCCUUGAAAAAUAAGAAAGCAAGAGCAUGACUUGUGCUGCACAAUGAAGGUGACAAGCAGCCAGUACACUUCGAGCAGAAAACAGAUCAGUAAUUUUGCAAUCAGAAUGCACAUCAAUGUUUUUCACCAUUACCACUCUGUAUUUUCCAGUGUCAAAUUUUUGUUGAUAUGAAGCACUCUGAAACCUUGCAUUCUGUUUUCUCAGUGGGUUACCUAAGUUUUCCAAUGACCCAUGCUAAUCAGACAGAAAAAAAAUAUGUUCUUUAAUCAAGCUUUAUCUACACUUCAGAGCAUCUAUGCAGACAAUUACGAAUCAGAACCUCCAUACAAAUGGAAGCUAUGUAGCUUAAUCUCAUUUCAGUAUAGCUUUGCUUUCAAGAUGAACAAUCAUGGCACAAAUUAUUCCUUGCCAUAAUGAAACCCCAGAACAGUGCCUUUCCUCUCAAUUACAGGUACCUUCCCUAUCUUUCACUUUUAGAAAGCAAUCAUUAAAAUGAGCUCUGUCAUCUUUGCCAAAUCCCUAUCAAUUUGUACUCCACUCUGUCAUGUAUUUUUGGUGAUGGGAGUUGUGUUAAAUUUUUAUUUGCAGAAUUCUACUAACAACUGUUUAAGUGUAUCUGAAGCUUGCAGAGGCCUGAACUUCAGCAGCAAUGUACCAUGUUGUGUGCAUAAUUAUUAAGAAAAAUAUUGAAAAUAAACACAUUCAUAUGAAAACUGUGCAUGAUUACUUAAAAGUCUUCCUAAAGCAGCCAUUUACGCUGGAAGAGGCAGCCUGUAUUAUUGUUAAAACAAUAAAAAUUUCCCCUAAAUACAGCACCAUUUCCAAAAAAUACACUGGUAUUCUACCAAAUGAAAUGUAGAAAAAAAUGUAUAUAAACAACACUAGCUAGGAUAAUACUACAGGACACUUUAUUUGUAAGUUCAUAAUUGGUUGUUAAUGGUAACACAUCAUACAGUAUUUCUAAAAAGAUUUUCCAAAACUUGUAGAUAUAAUUUCAAUAUCUAGCAAACUUAAUUUUUUUUGAAUGUUCAACUCAGCAACGUAAUAGCCUCAAUUAUUAGAAACUACUUGGUGAGCCAAAACUGUGUCUUCAAAAUAAAAUACCCUAAUGUGACUGCACCUCCAACAAAUGCAUCAUAAUAUACUUUAAUAUAAAAUUCAAAAUAUCUGCCAUCAUGCACUGUAGAUUUUAGGGACUAUCACUCACUGAAAAAUAAACAUAAAUGGUUAAAGUUCAAGUGAUUCAAUUGAAUCAUUUCAGUUUUAUAUACUUUAAAUAUAAAGAAAACAUUUGUACUGUGUCCAUAUUGGUUGGUCCCAAUGAUGAAAGGCAUUUGCUUAAAAGAGUAGAUGUGUAAACAUGAUUUGUCACAUUUAAAUUGAAAAAUAAAAAAUCCAGUUUUAAGUAACUUCUUUCCAAAACGCUCAGAUAAAGUUACUUAAACAUCAUCAGACCUAAACAAAAAAGUAAUUUUUGUGGCUAUCACUAUUACAUUUGCUAGCUUCAGGCCAGCCUUUGAUACUCCACAGGUAAGAUCUGUUUAGAAAGAUGCACAUAUUCUUUGUGUUCUUGCAACUGAAAUUACUAUAUGCCUGAAACUGGAGCUCUAAUUUAGAGCAUGGCCCAGAAUGAAAAGCAGAAUGAAAACAAAAGCCUUGAAAUUCUGCAAUUACUUCAUUUUUAAAUAACCACUGUUAUUUGAAUUUUUUCUAUCAAUUCUAAUAACUAUUUUCCCCUAAAAAAAUCCAUCCUGCUAUGCUGGCUGUUUCUGCAUAUUUACAAAUAAUCCCCCCAAAACAG